CUCGGCUGUCUUCUGUUUGCCCAGGCUUUCUCUUCCCUAAUUCAGUUACUCGGGAGUGGAGCUACGGACAGACUGGAGCGCAGGCCGCGGUCACACACACUCGCCUCCAUCGUUAUCGAGCUUUUCGGGGAGUCCCUUUUCGGUGUUUGCCACGGCUGCGAGCAGAGCGUUGCCCGAGGCGCGGCGGUUACUCAGCACAAACCGACUCCUUUCAAACCUUCGAACGGCCCUUUGAGGCGGUGGGGGGAGCCGCGUGUCCCGUCCGCGAGCGAGCGAGCAAGCGCGCGCGCCGCCGCCCGACCAGGCAGUUGGCCGCGGCCGCGCGCUCUUGACGGAGCGCUAGGGAAGACCCGGGGCUUCGACCAUCCGCAGCGCCUUGCUGGUUCUUGCAGGCCCGGGCGCUGCGAUUCCUCAAAAGCGAUUGGAAGGGUGGGCCGGAUCGCGGCUCACUCGCGAGGUGUCAGCUGAGGGUAACUACUGCCAUAGCUUGGGUUUGGGCAGCGAUACUGGAAUCAAUGGCACGGCUGAGCUCAUCUCGCAGGCGAAUGAAGAUUAGAAGAUGAAUAAUCUUUCAUUUAGUGAACUCUGCUGCCUAUUCUGCUGUCCACCAUGUCCAGGCAAAAUUGCUUCCAAACUGGCAUUUUUGCCCCCAGACCCCACAUAUACACUGAUGUGUGAUGAAAGUGGGAGUCGCUGGACUCUACAUCUUUCUGAUCGCGCAGACUGGCAAUACUCUUCGAGAGAAAAGGAUGCCAUUGAAUGUUUCAUGACUAGAACAAGCAAAGGUAACAGGAUUGCCUGUAUGUUUGUGCGUUGUUCUCCUAACGCCAAGUAUACUUUGCUUUUCUCACAUGGAAAUGCUGUUGACUUAGGUCAGAUGAGCAGCUUUUACAUAGGACUUGGUUCACGGAUUAAUUGCAACAUAUUUUCAUAUGAUUAUUCUGGAUACGGAGCAAGUUCUGGAAAACCAACAGAGAAGAAUCUAUAUGCUGACAUCGAUGCUGCUUGGGUAGCUCUUAGAACAAGGUAUGGAAUCCGCCCUGAAAAUGUGAUUAUAUAUGGCCAAAGUAUAGGAACAGUGCCAUCUGUGGAUCUUGCUGCUCGUUAUGAAAGUGCUGCUGUAAUUCUUCAUUCUCCUCUGACCUCAGGGAUGCGCGUAGCUUUUCCUGAUACUAAGAAGACCUACUGCUUUGACGCAUUCCCAAACAUUGACAAAAUCUCUAAAAUAACAUCUCCAGUAUUAAUAAUCCAUGGGACUGAAGAUGAAGUGAUUGACUUUUCACAUGGCCUAGCAUUAUUUGAACGCUGCCAAAGACCUGUGGAACCACUGUGGGUGGAAGGAGCAGGACACAAUGAUGUUGAGCUUUACGGACAGUAUCUUGAAAGAUUAAAACAAUUUGUAUCACAGGAACUGGUGAAUUUGUAAAUGGCUUUAUAUAGUUUAUUGCUGUUGAUUUUGUUGCAGAACUGCACAGCUUAGUAACCACAGCAUAAAACCUGAUGGUUUUGUUUUCAAAUCAGGUCAGUUGCCUUCAUAAAUGUACAGGUAAUGAUUUGUAAACAUAAUUAAUGAAGGUUUUAAAACCAGUGUUAACUGGAACAGUGAAUGAGAAAGACAAGCUGGUGUGGUUUGUAUAUUUUGUGCAAGUUUUCUUAGACUACAUGUAACUCAGUUUGCAAGUCUUUCUUAAGAUGUACAAAAAUCAUAGGGAGAAAAGUAAAAUUUUAAUUAUGUAAAAUCAGAUGCUGUAAAGUGUUGCCAAAUGCUUUAGCAUAUCAAACAAAUUUAUAUAUGAUAUUUUUAAAACAUCUCAAAAUGUACUGUGACUCUGUUGCACAGGUGUAAUUGAAGCAGUUGUAAAGUACAAAUAGCCAUUGCAUUUGGAGGAAUAAAGAAGGCUAUGUAAACAACCACUGGAUUUUAUAGACCCUAUUAUAUAGGGAACAAGUAAAAAUGUUUUAUUACUUUUCAUGUCUUAUUCUCAAUGUUGCCUCUCUCUUUUCCUGGAUGAUUGAUAGCCAAAACUGCCUAUUUGGCCAUUCACGUUGCUCUGCAAAAAUAGGCACAAAAUGUUGAUUCUUCGUAAAAUGUCCGGUUGACUGGGUCCAUAGUAAAGCAACCAAAUACUUAAGUGAUUUUCCUGAACUCAUUAAUACUUGUUAAGAACUUUCUAUUUGGCCAUUUUGAAAUGAUCAUGUGAAAAACCAGAACUUCAGUAGCAACUCUUAAUAUUGGUCUGAGUUUUGUACUGGCAACAUGCAAAGUUGCAGUUGUCAUUUCAGUUUUGAUUUGAAUGUUGAUAAGUGUAGGACUAACUGUUUCAGUUCUGAGAAUUCUACUAAUGUACUCCUGUAUAUUGAAAAGAAUGUUGACAAUUAACUCGUAGUAAAAUAAGUUGCCUUUCCCUUAAACAAAUUCUGCUUGAAUAAAAUAUAAUAGAUCUACAAAUGUAGCCUAAUAAUUUGUAAACAAAGUAAUACUCCAGUACACACUGUGCUUCUAAUUUUAAAGCCUUAUAUAGUUUACUUGUUCUGCUGAAUGUUGUGAUUGUCUGUCUGAGAAUAUUCAAUAAUAUAUUAUGUAUUGUGAAUACUUAGGUUCCAGUGCGUUAAACUAAAAUAAGAGAAAUGCCACAUACUUGAUACUGAGUUGUUUCUGCAAAGCAUAAACUGUAAGUUCCUGACUAAUUCAUUCUUUGUGACAAGAGAAAAGCUAGAAUAGCAUAAUUUCUGAUAAGACUAUCUUGCCAAAACCUGCUGCUCUGAUUACCUGUCCCUCUUUCCUUCCAGAGGUCUUCCCUGAUUUUGUCAUGUUUCUGUUUGAGCUAAGGUAUUCUGCCAGUCUGUAGUUUGCUUAAAAGUCAUGCUGGUUUCUAAUUUAACUUUGAAUAGAUUUUGUUUUAUAAAUGAAGGAUUGAACACAUUAAGUAUACAGAGUAGGUCAUUUUUAGACUGUCAUAUAGGAGGUAGCAAAUGUCAAAGGUUUCAAGCAGUUACUAUAAUUUAGUGUAAUGCCAAAUUCAAUUGAAACAUGAGGUAAUAUGGUAACAGAACACACUUGUGCGCCCUUUGCCUUCCAUCUCUCACCCCCCUCUCACAUACAAGAGUGUACAGGGGAAAGUGCUGCUAUGGUCAGAAUUAUGGCUGCAGAUCAUCUCCCCCUGUGUCACCCAGACUUGUUUGUGUGGUUCCCUACACAGGAGUAAUUAGGUUGGGGGGAAAGGGAAACUAAUUAACCCAUGUGAACUGAUGUUGUGUUAAUGAAGAACGACUUUCAGUGCCAGUAGAAAGAACAUCUCUCUCGUUCAGUUUUUUAAAGACCAUGAAUUGGAAAUGUGUGUGCUAGCUUUGCUUCAUACUCCCUGAGCUAAUUUAAUUGAGAAAAUUACUUGGCAUGUAAAUACAAGUGCCUGAGUAAAUCUGGUGGCUUACAAUACUGCAAAAUAUGCAUGCAUUUCAUAACAAUGUGAUCUUUGAAAGUGUCAUAACUUACUACAGCAAUUUUAUAGUGUGCAACUUGAACUUUUAUAGGCUCCAUCUUCUUGCAAAUACAUUUGAUCUACUCUGCACUGUUAAAAUCAACUAGUUUAGUUAUCCUUCACAAGAACAGAAACCUCUUUACUCCUUAAGUCCAGUUCCAGGAAUGUAUCUGUAUUUUCUAAUAUCAAAUUUGUUUGUAAAAGAUGCAUCCCUGGAACAUGGUUCCUAAAUUGUUUUUAGUUCAGAUAUGAUAUUGUAAAAGGGGAAAUUGUUGGCUACGUUAAUUGCUGCAAAGUGGAAAUUUAUUGUUGCUUUUCAGCUGAAAUGAUUAGAAGACACACAGCAGUGUUACUUCUGCAUCACUUUGGUACUGUUGUUUGUAUAAUUAAAAAUCUUACGUAGUAUUUCACAUUUUAAAAUCUUCUGAACAGAUGAAAUUAAUCCUACUGUCAGUGCAUGUAGGCUGUAAGAAAACUUUAAUAUUGGCAAUAUUUACUUUUUUAAAAAAAAGAAAAUUGACACUAUAUUUUAAGUAGCUAUAUAUCUGCCAAGAAUUGAGCUGCAGUUGGUAGCUCUGCUACCUCUAUGCAGUCCAUGUAUUCGCUCUACUUUGGCAGUGAUUUGAGAUUAAAAAUGCCUGUUCGAUGUCAGUUUGCUAUAAGGUGGCUGCAGCCACGUGGAGAGCUAUUAUCAGUCAUUCUGAGUAGGUAGGUAGGUAGGUGCAUUUUUCUCUCUCUCUCACUACCUCAUAUUUCAGAUUGUAGUUAUGAGGCAAGUGGAAGAAUUUUCCUCAUAUGUGGCUGAAGUUGCCUUUCUGAGUUUACAAGUGGCUGUUGCGGCAAACUAGGCAUUUUUAUUCACUUUGGAGGAUUCUGUGAUUAUACCAGUUCAUUUCUUUAUCAGCUAGAAAAGAUAAACUUGUGGAAGAUCAUAAUUAUUGUCAAAUAAGUGGUGCCAGCUAUGUAAAAGGCUGUAUAAACUGUUUCUCUUAUAUGGAGAAACAUGAUGAACUUUGUCAGGCCAUGCCUAUUCUGGAGAGCUUUUGACUAACCUGGGUCAUGUAUGUUUAGUGUUGGAGAUUGGAAGAUUCCACGUCAAAACUGAAAGAGAAACUACCAAAAUAUUAUGCUUUUUGGAGAUAUUGAAAGCAAAGAAUGUUCACAUUUGUUCAUGCAUAAUAGAAUCAAGUUGCCUACUUAACAUAUUUUACACAAGGCUUUUAUGAGGAGGCGUGUUACAGAGAACCUUUUUGUGCUAAGAGAUGUAAGUAUAGCUUCUGUUGUACUUCCAUUCAGUAGAACCCUGAUAUUAAAAACAAAUUUUAUUAGCCCAUACACUUCCAGUUUUGACCUGAUGCUGAUGCUGAUUCUCCACUAAGACAUUUUAUAGAGCUACUAGCUACUAGUGUGCAGUGAUUAUUGCAUUCAGUGAAAAGCCAUUGAUCAAAAAGUCUAGCUAACUUAUAAUUGGGACUAAUGCUUGAAGUAUUCCAAGGAAGGAAGGGAAAAGGCAGCUUUAGACUAGCAGCUUUGUUUUGUUUCUGUGCUGUGCAUGGUUGGUCAUAAAAGAAGCUGAGCAAAAGAAAUGUGGCAGGUAGUAAAACUGAAUCCCACUAACUUAGAGAGCAAAAUGGAUUCUUGUUUCACAACAUUGUCUGCUUUUUUCUGAGCACUACCUCAAACUGCUCUGUUACUUUGGGAUACUUGAGGCCCUGCCUUUGGAAGAGUUUGCAGCAGUUAAGGAUGUGUUUUAUUAAUACAGUGUCUAAAAUAUGUUUUCCGUAAACACUGCUGGUAAUUCUCUGAAAUGAACUCUUUGCAUUGAGUUAAAGGUGAAAUAUGUUAAAUGUACUUUACAGCCACUGGCUAACUUUUUUCCUUAUUUUUCCCUUCUGAUAAGAGUGGGAUUAAUCUUAAUGUUGAGUCUGAACUUUAUCCACUGUCUUAACUGCUCAAAAAUUCUGCCGAUUAUUGUACAUUAAGACAAUUCAAAUAAAACCCAGCUUUUGGCUAUA